GGGACGCAGCUUGCUCCAGCGGACUGGAAUUGAGCGUGGCUCUCUGUCUCUCUCGUCUGUGCUGCGCAUCUUCAUGCGGCGACUCCGAAGACACGCGUCAAGCGUUCGAACUCUCCGGCUCUUCCAUUUGCAACUCCAUCGCCAUUGCGCUUGCGCAGGUAGCAAGGACACGACGACUAUAGGCCUGAGGUUGAACAUGCCUGCCCAGCGGGAUCCUGGUCAGUCGUUGGACGAUUGCGGGCGAUGGAUGCUGCUGGUUGUAGCUGCAGCCAUCAUCGCCAUUCACACCAGUGAGGAGUCGGAGACACUGGCGAGCCAGAUGGCAGUGCUUCUCCAACACCUCGCGCAGAUGUCUUUCCAGUUGGAGCUGCUGCAUCUGGCCAUGUUGGACUCUUCGUUCAUGAUUAUGGCGACUGCUAUGGCUGUGAUGGACGGCCUGUCGCCCCCUCAGUGGUGGGUCCGGCCAUGGGCAGCUGGUGCAUGGCGCAACAUGACGCGAGGCGACCAUGGUGUAGAAGACUACCACUGCGACAACAUCAGGAUGGGAGAGACGGUGUUUUGCAGAAUCACAGCGAAUGUCGAACCUUAUCUGCAUCGGCAACACACGUGGUACAUGGCGCCAACACCACUGGACAAACUAAUUGCCUACGCCCUGUACAGGUGGGCGACAGAAAGGGUGUCAUGGCUGACAGUGUGUGGAAAGAGUGUUCGGGAGGCUCAAAGGGAUGUGGCGCAUGUUCCUGCGCACACACAAACCACACAUCACAAUGAUCACAUCCUUGUCUUUGCAGUUCCGUGCCGUGUGUCACGGUGUGUGUCAUUCACAACCUCCUGUUACGUUGCGACGGUUGUGGGGUGCGCAUGGACCGGGUGCUCGCUCCAAGGAAUGUUCACCGCCGUCCAGAUGAUGAGGAUGAUGAUGAAGUGCAGCCACCGCCUCCGCCAGAGCUCACGGCUCGGCAAGCCCGUGCAGGACAUCGCGUGCACCAUGCUUUACGUGUGGUGGUUGCGCAACAUGUUUGUGAACAGCGGAACCUCCAGAAUAGGAGAUAGGACUGUGUUAUGGUGUCGUCACCCUGCAGCUCUCUCGCGUAACUCCCAGAUUACCGAACUACAGGAAAAUAUGAAGUGGUUUUCGGCGCUCGUCGUUGUUGUUUCUGUCGCUUUCCUGAUUGCUCUGGUACCUUUCGUCUCUGGCUGGUGCCGGAAUGACACUGACCACGAUCCAAACACAAGGAGGCGGGUCGACUGCAUUAAGAUCCCAAUUGCUCAGCUUCAAUUGGGAUGCCAGUCACUGUGCUAUCGAGAGAAAUGGUGCGAGGGUAUUGUCUGGGUCACCGAGCCAGCUGAUUACGUCAAAGGCAAGUACUGCUGCUACCUCAAGAACAAGUACAAUCCAAAUGCUCUCAAGCCCCAAUUGUUCCGGAAGUUCUGCAAGAGGGGGUACUAGCAACUUAGUAGCAAGCCACCGCUAGAGUGAUCAAUAAUCAUUGAUUCUGUGACAAGCUGUCACAGAAAGGAAGGGAACUUGAGGGAGACCUGCAACAGUGCAACUUGAAGGAGCCCAAUACUUUGGGGAGAGUAUGUAAGGAUCAUCCCAUACGGACAGAUGCAUGCAUCUGUGGACGAGAAGAGUGUCAUCCUCAUCCUCAUCGUCAUCGCCAUCAUCAUCGUCAUCGUCAUCGUCGUCGCCAUCGUCACUGUGAUCAUUGUCAUCAUCGUCAUCAUUAUGGUGAUUAUCAUUAUCAGUGUGACUGAUCAUCGACGAUUAAUCAGUGGCGUCAAUGAUUAUGAUCAUAAUUAACGUCAUCCGAGCAUUGCGUACAGGUGGUCGGGUGGGGUGAAUAUACAAGGGGUGUUGUUGUCGUUGUUGCUGUUGUCGUCAUCGUUGUUGUUAGUGGUGGUGGUGGUGGGCGGGUAUAUGCUUGCCUUCUGUGAAUCGAUGGACCGGGUACAUUCUAUUUGUACCAUUCCAAAGAUUGCUUGUAACUAAUACAUACGCUCAGUGGGUCCGUGGAGAAUUUGUCAUUGUGAGCAACAGCUUUGCGCUGCCCUUCCCAGACACUGACCUUAACAUGUCGAUCUCUCCCCUAUACCGGCUCGUCAAUGCCUCUAGUACUCUUUUUGUUGGGAGAAACACAUGUUGGCAAGCGGGUCUGAUAUCCCAUCACAGUUACUCAAAAUGUGACCAUGAUUGUAUUGCUGGCAAAUGGGGCAC